AUGGCCGCGGCUGCGGACAACCUCUGGCUGCUUCUGUGUGGGGCAAUAUUGAUGUUCAUGCACGUAGGAUUUGCCAUGGUGGAAUGCGGGACAUGUCGUGCCCGAAACGCUUCGGAUGCUCUCAUCAAGAACAUGCUGAGCCUCUGUGUUGGCACUUUGGGCUGGUGGUCCUUCGGCUGGGGAUUCGCCACGGGCAGUUUAUUCCAGGACUUCAUUGGAACGAGUGGCUUCUUCGGCUCGGACCUGCUUAAGGUAGGCUCCGGCCAGUCGCUGAAGGCUACGAUAUCUUGCGAUGAUGGGGUCUGUCCAACCAAGAUGGCUGUCUGGUUCUUUAGCUGGGGUUUCUGCACUACAGCUUGCACAAUUGUCAGUGGUGCUGUGCUGGAAAGAGCAAAGAGCUCAUCGUACUCGGUCUACACCUUUUUCAUGACUGCCUUUGUCUACCCAGUAAUUGUAGCAUGGACUUGGAGUGAUGGUUGGCUCGCGAGUCUGUUCGAUGUCGGCUACACAGACUUUGCCGGAAGUUGUAUCGUGCAUGUGUCCGGCGGCAUGGGAGCACUGGUCGGCACUGUCCUCCUAGGACCGCGACUACAUCGCUUUCAUCCGGCUCAUGCAGUUGCCUUCGAACCGCACAAUUUGCCCUUUCUUGUUCUGGGAACGCUUUUCCUUUGGGUUGGCUGGUUCGCCUUCAAUGCAGGGUCCACACUGUCCCUGCACACCCGUGAGACCGCAACUCUGGCAGCGCAAGUCGCCGUCAACACAGCACUAGCUGGAUCUUCAGGAGGGACCUCCGUGUUCUUUUUAAGACUCGUGGUCAAGAAGAAGUAUGAUCUGGCAGGCCUCUGCAAUGGUAUUCUGGCUGGUGUGGUUUCCGUUACUGCCGGAUGCGCAAACAUGAAUGCUGGAAGUGCACUUGCAGCUGCUGUUGUUGGUGGGUUGGUCUUCGAAGCAUUCUCAGCCCUGUUGAAGAGAAUGCACAUAGAUGAUCCAGUAGAUGCGAGCGCUGUUCACCUAGCUUGCGGUAUCUGGGGCACCAUUGCGGCUACGCUUUUUGAUUGGGGAAAAGGCUUCGAGUACUACCACGGCCAGUAUGGGUGGACUUGCCUUCCAGCAGCGCCUUCCAACGAUCUGCAGCCUCCCUGCAUCGCAGGUAUCGUGGGGACGGCCCUCGCUGCCCAAGUCGUGCUCAUUCUUUGUGUUCUUGUUUGGACUGGGUUUUGGUCCUUUGUGAUUAUCAAGCUUCUCGCAGUGGCUGCGGGACUCCGAGUGCAAGAAGGUACCGAGCAGGCUGGCUUGGACGCUGCAGAUUACGCGCAUAAAAAUGCAUACGCUUUGGAGGAACGAGAAAGUCCCGAUUCCUGGCGCGUGCUUUCAUCUUAA